UCAUAAAGUAAAAUUCCAGAAGACCUAAUAUUUAAAACAACAAUUAUUUAAAUAUUAAAAAGUGCUUAUCAAAUUUAUUUUAUGUGCGUGCUCCACCCUCUAUCUUCCCACUAGGGUUAAAUAAUGCUUUCUAGUCAUUGUUUUAUUGCAAAAAGAUAUUUUUCAAAAAAGUACUUUGAUAUGGCUGCUUUGAGAAUCGCUGUUAUAGGACAAUCAAACUUUGGUGCUGAUGUGUAUAAGUUGCUUCGUCAAAAAGGACACGAAAUAGUUGGAGUUUUUACUAUUCCUGACAAUAAUGGUAAGAAGGAUCCUCUAGCUCAAGUUGCUGAACAUGAUGGUGUUAAAGUAUUUAAGUAUGCACGAUGGCAACUUCAAAAAAUUGCUAUACCUGAAAUUGUUGAAGAAUAUCAGAGCUUGAAAGCUGAAAUUAAUGUGAUGCCUUUUUGUUCACAAUUUAUUCCAGCUGAAGUGGUUGAUUUUCCAAAGCAUGGGUCUAUUAUUUAUCAUCCUUCACUGUUACCUCGUCAUAGAGGUGCUUCUGCUGUAAAUUGGACAUUAAUGUCAGGAGAUAAAAAAGGUGGUUUUACAAUAUUCUAUGCAGAUGAUGGAUUAGAUACUGGACCUAUUUUGCUUCAAAAAGAAACUAAUAUUGCACCAAAUGAAACUGUUGAUACAUUGUAUAAUCGAUUUUUAUACCCAGAAGGUAUCAAAGGAAUGGUAGAAGCGGUAGAACUUAUUGCCAAUGGAUGUGCUCCAAAAAUUAGUCAACCUACUGAGGGAGCAAGUUAUGAUAAGAUAUGGAACAAAAAAAGCUUAGCUCAGAUUAAUUGGAAUCAACCAGCAAAUGUAUUGCACAAUUUUAUUCGUGGAAAUGACAAGCUUCCUGGAGCGUGGUCUACAAUUGAUGGAAAGGAAGUAUCUUUCUUUGGUUCAUCAAUGUACCUACGAAAAAGUCUGCCUGAAGGAAUUCCAUGUUUUAUUGACGGUCUUGCUCACCCUGCUUUAGUUCAUAAAAAUGGAAUGAUCAUAACUGGUUCAGAUGGAUUAAGAAUUAAUGUGAAAACACUGCAACUUAGUGAUGGAAAAAUGGUACCAGCUAGUAAAUUUGGUAAAGAGAAUGAAGACAAAAAUGAGAUUAUUUUUACAGAUGAAGAUUUAAAAAUUAAAGAAACUUUAAAGAAAAUUUGGAGUGGAAUUCUGAACAUUCCUAAUAUUGAUGAUUGCACAAAUUUUUUCAAAGCAGGUGCUGCAUCAAUGGAUGUAACAAGACUUGUAGAAGAAAUCAAACAGAGAUGCGAUAUUUUUUUAACUAAUGAAGAUAUUUACAUGCAUUCAACAUUCAAUAAUCAUUUUAAUUGGUCAAUCUUGAGUUCUCGCGGACUUACAAAAGAAGCUUUUUAUUGCAAUUAUACUGAUGUAACAAUUAAAGGAAAAUCACUAAAAAUGCCUAAUCAGCUUUUUAUAAAUGGAGAGUUUGUUGAAGCAGAGAGUGGGAAAACAUUUGAAACAUUAAAUCCUUCUGAUGAAACAGUACUUGCAGAGGUGUCUCUUGGUGAUAAAGAAGAUGUUGACAAAGCUGUUGCUGCUGCUAAGGAAGCUUUUGAAAAAGGGCCAUGGAGUACAAUAAAUGCACGUGACAGAGGAACUCUUAUGCAUAAAUUAGCAGAUGUAAUGGAUGAGCAUCGUGAAGAGUUAGCUAUGAUUGAGUCUUUGGAUUCAGGAGCUGUAUACACAUUAGCUUUAAAAACACAUAUUGGUAUGUCAAUUGAUACAUUUCGUUAUUUUGCUGGAUGGGCUGACAAAAUUCAGGGAGAAACAAUACCCAUUAAUCAUGCACGACCAAGUAAAAACUUGUGCUUUACAAAGAAAGAACCUCUAGGAGUUUGCGGUUUGAUUGUUCCAUGGAACUACCCACUUAUGAUGUUGGCUUGGAAAAUGGCACCUUUAUUAGCUGCUGGAAAUACAGUUGUUUUAAAGCCAGCUCAAGUUACUUCAAUGACAGCAUUAAAGUUUGCUGAGCUAACAGUAAAGGCCGGUUUUCCAAAAGGUGUCAUCAAUAUUGUUCCUGGUUCAGGUCGUAGUGUUGGUCAAGCUAUUGCUGAACAUCCUGACAUUAGGAAAGUUGGUUUUACUGGCUCUACACCUGUUGGAGCUGGUGUUAUGAGAAGCGCUGCUGAUAGCAAUAUUAAAAAAGUGUCAUUAGAGCUUGGUGGAAAAUCACCCUUAAUCAUUUUUGGUGACUGUGACAUGGAUAAAGCUGUAAAACAGGGUUUACUCUCGUGUAUUUUUAACAAAGGAGAAAAUUGCAUUGCAGCAGGAAGAAUUUUUGUUGAAGAUUGUAUUCAUGAUGAGUUUGUUAAUAGAGUUAUCAAAGAAGUUGAAAAAUUAGUUAUAGGUGAUCCUCUUGAUCUUUCCACUUCACAUGGACCACAAAAUCAUCGUGCUCAUUUUGAAAGUCUUCUGGAAUAUAUAGAGAAAGGAAAAAAAGAAGGCGCUAAACUUGUAUAUGGUGGAAAGCGUGUUGGUUGCAAAGGACUGUAUUUGGAACCAGCUAUUUUUACAGAUGUUACUGAUGAUAUGUUUAUUGCAAAAGAAGAAUCUUUUGGGCCAAUUAUGAUUAUUUCUAGAUUUGCAAAUAAUGAUAUUGAAGGUGUAUUGAAAAGUGCAAAUAAAACAGAGUAUGGACUUGCAUCAGGUGUGUUCACAAAAGAUAUUAGUAAGGCUAUGAGGGUUCAAGAUGGAUUAGAUGCUGGAACAUGUUUUAUUAACACAUAUAACAAGACUGAUGUUGCAUCUCCUUUUGGCGGUUUUAAACAAUCUGGUUUCGGAAAAGAUCUAGGAAAAGAAGCCUUGAACGAGUAUCUCAAAACAAAAGUUGUGGUUUUGGAAUAUUAGUUUUUGUUUUCUUUAUUUUACAAAUAUUUAUAACUUUUUUUUUUUACAUAGAUUUUCACUAUUUUUUAAAUAACAUCUUAGUAUUUUAUAUGAUCUAGUUAUUGAAAUUUAUUGUUUGUAAAACAUUUUCUUGUAUAGGUAAAAUUAUUAAAAUAAAAA